GCGCCGAUAGCAGAGAGUUUGCUGACAGCGCGAGAGACAAAAUAGUUUCAUUAGCCUUUUAUUUGGACGCCUAUUAAGGCGCAGUGUUUGCCGACAGGCUUCUCUUUCAAUCCAGUGGAUGUUUUGUUAAGUUUUUUUUUCUCUACUGUGCCUUUACCUAAAAACAAUGCCGCGCGGAGGAAAAAAGGGCCACAAAGGGAGAGGGAAGCAGUUCAGCAACCCGGAGGAGAUUGAUCGACAGAUGAGACUCCAGAGGGAGUUGGAGGAAAGGGGUGGUGCAGAGAAGGGGAGCUCAGAGUCUGAGGAGGAAAGCAGCAGUGAAGAGGAGUUGGAGUCUAAGAAGAGGAGUGGUGUGGAGGGGCUCAUAGAAAUUGAGAAUCCAAACCGGGUUUCCCAGAAAAGCAAAAAGGUCACAGAAAUCGACGUGACUGCCCCCAGAGAGCUGUCCCGUAGAGAGAGAGAGGAGAUAGAGAAGCAGAAAGCAAAGGAACGUUACAUGAAGCUCCAUCUGGAGGGUAAGACUGAACAGGCACGAGCCGAUUUGGCCCGACUGGCCAUCAUUAAGAAACAGAGGGAAGAAGCUGCCAAGAAGAGGGAGGAACUCAAGAAAGCUGAAGAGGCCCAAGCGAAGCGUUAGCACCUCACCUGGAAGCCUCAACACACUGCUCGGUCUCAGGGGAACAGAGGGAGCAGGACCAACACUGAGUGGAUCCUGAUCAGUGUUGCUCCUCAUCUCGCGUCCCUCGCUUUCAGAUCAGAGGGAUGUGGGACUUCUCUGUAUUUAGGGGCAUCAGAGUUAAGGGGUCUGGGCAAUAUUUCUUUAAAUAUAUCAAAUGUAUGGCUGUUUCAUGGAGAAAUGCUGAAAGGUUUCAGUGGAUCAGGACUUUUACACAGUGCUGUUAAAAUAAUAAUGUAAGUUGGUAAGAUCAUUCUGCUUUUAUAAAGAAAUGUCAUAAUUUUUUAACUUAGAAUUAUUGUUCUAAACUCCACAUAAGGCUCAAUAAUCCAGCCCUGCCUCACGCACAUGUGACCACAGCUCUUUCUUUGUGUCUGUUGUUCCUUCCGUUUCUGACACGAUCCUCAAUAUGUGGUGUCACUGUUUGUCUCCUGACCAUUUAUUUACAUACCAGCUCUGUAAUACUUAAUAAUAAAAUGAUCUUUCAUUUGCAUUUAAAAAGGAAAUGUAUCCCAUGAAAAGUCUGAUUUUUCUCAAAACUUGAGCAAUUAUAGAAUUGGCAUGAACAUAAAUGGUUUGUUUACUGCAGAGAAAUGAUCUGUCAGUUUAUUUCCCUGUCUUUCAUGAAAAGGUAACUGCUAACAUUAACCUGCUCUGUCUUUUUGAUGCAAACAUCAGAUUAAGUGGACUUAAAUGUUACCCUGAGCGGGAAAACCAGUAGGUGGUCCACAAGAACCACUGACUCCACACAAUGUAAGAUUGUUAAUCGUGUUAUUUUUCUCCCACAUGAUUGAAGGCAUUUUUAAAAAUAAAGUCCUGAAUUGGUGAGGCUUGAAGCAGGGGA